GUCACGUUCUAAACAUACCAGCCGAUUAGCAUUACGAUUAAGUGCUUACAUCUGACAACCCAGUUAUGUUGUCUAAAGGCUCGCUGCCGUAUGGCGCUGUACUUUGCGGCAUAGCCCUGAUUCUUAGCCAAAAGAAAGCACAGAGCCAUCCCCAGUGCUUGGAUUUUAGAGCGCCCUUUAAAGUAGCAAAACAGCUCUCUUUCUGCCCGCAAAACUACUCAGAAUAUGGCUGUUGCACUGUAGACCGCGAUCAAGGGAUUUCGAACGUCUAUAAGAGAUUGGUGACCCGAUUUUCACUGGAUAGCAAGCCAAAAUGCGCUAACCUGGUAAAAACAGUGCUUUGCCUCGAAUGUCAUCAAUAUGCAGCCCAUAUUUUUGAGGCAGAAGGUAAUAAAAAGUUCGAUUCGACGACCGCAGCCCCAGGAUUAUGCUCUAAUUUUUGCAAGACUUUUUACCAAGAGUGUAAUGACGUAGCGACAUAUUUAGUGUCAAACGGCAGAUGGAAACUUCGAUCUACGCCUGAAAGUUCUUCACCGUUAACCGAGAAAUCGUUCUGCGACGGACUACAGCUGUCAGACGCAGACUACUGCUACCCGCAUGUACAAAGAGUGGAUCGUGAAAUCCUUUCGAGAAAAUACAACUUCGAUUCCAACCGAAACUGUUUGUGUGUCGAGGAGGUGGCGCGUGGUUUACGAAAUCCUCUGGCUGCGGUGCACGCAAAUGACAAGUCUGGAAGACUUUUUAUCGCCGAACAGCCAGGCCUGAUACGCAUCAUAUUAGCUGAGGGAAAAUUACUGCAGCAGCCAUUUUUAGACAUCACUGACAGAGUGUUAACAUCAGGUUCGUACGGCGAUGAGCGUGGGUUUCUAAGCAUUGUUUUCCAUCCAGCGUUUAGGAAUAACAACAGGUUCUUUGUAUAUUACUCAACUCGAAUGGGUAGAAAAUCUGGGAGCAGGAAAAACUCCAAAGCUCCUUUUAGAGCGUUUGAUCAUAGAACGGUUUUGAGUGAAUUUAGGGCUUCGGUUUACAAUCGUAACAGAGCACUUCGAAGGUCAGAAAAAGUAAUUAUGGAAAUCGAACAACCUGCUGACAAUCACAACGGAGGGACUCUGUUUUUUGGAUCCGAUGGUCUACUUUAUUUGACGAUUGGAGAUGGCGGGCGAGGUGGAGAUCCCUUUGGAAAGAUUGGCAAUGGUUUAAACAGGUUUGUUUGAUUGAGUGUGUUUGUGUGUGUUUUUUUUUUUUUAGCGAAACAGCGCAGGAAUGCUGUUUUUUUUUUCUCUCUUAAUGUUUGCGUUACACUCCUUUGACACGUCUCCCAAAUCACGAGUAGACCACGUCCGAAACAUAGUGCAUCUGCACUCAUACACUUUUUUAAGCGACAGUAUUUGCACAGGGAAAAGCGCUGCAUGUAAAGACAAAAGUGUUUUCCGGAAUUUGACCAUGAGUAAAUUAACUUACCUCGUGCCAGAGUUGUGGUGUAAUCCUGGGGGCUUAGUAAUCAAAUAGAUACACAAAAGUGUUGUCCGGAAUUUGACCAUGAGUAAAUUAACUUACCUCGUGCCAGAGUUGUGGUGUAAUCCUGGGGGCUUAGUAAUCAAAUAGAUACACCAAGUCAUCUACAAGCACAGGAGAUCUGUGAUCACACCGAUAUAAUUUCUGUUUGGAGUAGAUUCAGCCUCAUUCACGCAUCCCUUUGUCCAAUCGAGUCCUCGAGAACAGUUUAAUGCUGGUCUAGUUCUCAAACUCCAAAUAUCUAAAUUGUGACACUUUCUCGCUCUCUCCAUAGCCUUACAUUUCCUUGUAAAUUAACCUCAAACUGAUAAGCCCCCUCUUAAGAAUUUCGCCUCUGUUCUUUUCGUUCAGAUGAUGUCAUUUCCUGGCAAAUCAACAGGUUAAACUUUGUCGCAUUAUGAAAGACUUUCCAGUGAACCCAAUUUCAAGCAGAUGGAAAGGGAUCUGGGGAAGGGUUAGAUGACGAGGAAAGAGCAAGAUUAUAAUAGCGCGGGAAAACAUGUUCAAAAGAAAGGGGGAAGGGAUGGAAGAGUGGGGGGCUGAGGGGGUGGGGGGUGGAAGAGAUUUACAAGGGUUCAAUCCACGUCGUCGCAUACCGCUUUUUAACAUUUCUGUUCCUUAUUGUCGAUAUUUUACCUUCGUUGACGAAGUCUUGAUUCUGUCUUUCUUUCCUUAGAUCGACUCUCUUGGGAAGUGUCAUUCGAAUUGAUGUAGAUGCGCGGCGACAAAGCUACAAGAUUCCCCCGGAUAACCCGUUCAUAGGAAUCCGUGGGGUUCGCCCGGAGAUUUACGCUUACGGAACUCGUAACAUGUGGCGUUGCUCGGUGGACAGAGGAGAUCGCAAGACGGGAGAAGGAAAAGGCAGAAUAUUCUGCGGGGAUGUGGGUCAGAAUAAAUACGAGGAGAUCGAUAUCAUUACGAAAGGUGGAAAUUUUGGAUGGCGAGGUUUUGAGGGAUUUGAAUGCUACGACAAAAACCUUUGCAGGUCUCCUUUAGUAAGUAAGUACUAAGACUGCGUCUUGCUUUGCGUUUUACCGUUAUCAUGGAUCAGAAAACUUUGCGCUAUAUUGAGUGACAGGGAGAAGAGCUCUACUUCAGUUGCUAAGAUCUUUCUUUAUUAUAUUUUCAGGUGGUAGUAUUCCUCCUAUUUUCGCCUACAACCAUUCUGUUGGCAAAUCCAUUGUGGGUGGCCAUGUUUAUCGAGGCUGCAAAAACCCGGAUCUAAGUGGAAAGUAUAUAUUUGGAGACACUGUAACCUCGUAAGUUGUCAAGGUGGAAAGAUAUACAUUAAAAAUGUCUUAAUCUUAAUACUUGAUUUAAACGAUUUGGCGCACGCGCUAUUUCAGUUUCGGGCCGAUGCCCACCAAAAACUAUUAUAAAAUAAUUCAAAUAGUACGCGCGCUCUGAUUGGCCAUAAAACCAUUUUACAUGAGCGUAUGUAAACACGGUUUUCGUUCCUCUUUCAUUAGUUAUUUUAUAAGAGAAAUGUAAAAUGGUUUCCGUGUUUACAUAGCCUGAUGUAAACACUUGAGAGGUUGGGAGAACACUCGAUGAGCUGGAAACCACUCCGCUUCGCGUCGUGGUUUCCUACGCUUAUCUCGUGUUCUCCCAACCUCACGCGUGUUUACAUCAGGCUAUGUAAACACGGAAACCAUUUUACAUUUCUUCAGUAUAAACUUACAUUCUAUCACAAAUGUUGCAACCUGAUUGGCUUUGUCACCCGCCAUAUAAUCCGUGAUAAAUAGUGAGUCAAUUGAUUAGUAUAGGUAAUCACAUGAGGCCAAGUACUAUUAAGGAUUAAUUGCACGAGAGUUUUCAAAAUUUUCCAAAAUUUUGAAAACUCAAGUGCAAUUAAUCCUUAAUAGUACGAGGGCUCAUGGGAUUACUUGUUUAUCAAUAAAGGGCAAAAUUUAUACGAAGGAAAAUCAAAAUUUCAAGAUAACGAACGGUUGCUAUGCAACGGAUUAGCCAAUCAUUAACAGGUAAUCAUGCCCUCUCUUGAUUACUAAAAAUGCCCUCGAUUAAGAAAAAAAUGCCUCUCUCUCAACCAAUCAGCGCUCAGUAAUUUUGCCCUUUAUUGAUAAGCCCAUUAAGCAGCGUGCGGCUGUAAACAAAACAAAAUUAAAACAUGAGCCUUUGUUGUUGCUAGGUUUUGGACGACCAGUAGAUUUACAAUCAAACAAUUAGACCAUUUGUCCUCGAUUCCUAUGGUUGGUGGUCAAUUCUGGCUUCGCCUUCAUCAAAUAAGAUACGAUAGAAAUCUCGCCAUUAAUGAGGAAAAAUUGCAUUACAACUCUCGCCCGUCGUAGCUAUCAACCAACUUAAUGCAAAUUUAAAAUCAAGUGUAAUUUGAGAGCUCGUGUUUUCUCAAGUGUUUCAAUGUUUGAAGAGCAAAAUGUUUCGAUGUGUUUUGGUUAUUUUGAUAUUUUGUAAAAUUUACACGUAGAGUAAAGUCGACGGCGAAAUUUCCCGCCAAAAUGACCGGCUUGCGCUAAAUACGUGUAAGUGUACUGUUUUAGAACUGUACUUUUCCAAGUGUCAAAAGUCAGCAACAAUUUUCUUCUCCAUCAUUAUGCUAGCAUUGGCCCUAAGCAUGUAGCUAGACACGAUUGAAUUUUUGAAGAACAAGAAUGUUUUCCAUCCCAGCUUCUACCAUUUCAGAUAUUACUCCUUGAUGUAGUCCAGACAUAUAAAUUUAUACGAGGACCUAUACAGGACGCAACAUACGGGUGGUUUUAUUAACCUUAUAAACUGGUGCCAAUUUUUACUUGGGUAAUAAAAAUGUUCACAUCAGUAUCAUUUAUUUUUCGGGGCUCUUCUUUUACUUACAGCCGACUUUUCGCGCUGACGGAGGACAAGACCACAGGGAAAUGGAAAGAUGAGGAGCUCUGCUUUGGGGAUGACAAAUAUUGCACUGAUAAUCUCAGCGGAGAAUUUGAGCGGUUUAUCUUAUCAUUCGGGGAGGACGAGCAUGGUAAACGCAUUUACAUUUUUCCGUAUAAUCAAGGUUUUAUACCAAUGGUAACAUUGGUUGUUUGUUUUUGUUUUCAAAUCCUUUAAUCGACUCGAAAUUUAUAACAGCUCGAGUCGCGAGACAAGGUGGAUAGAUAGAGUGAUGUUUUUACAUUGAAAUACAUAGUACUGGACACUACCCCGUGGUUUUGGAUUUGUUUUUCUAAUAAAAAGUAUUUACAGUCGGGCAGCCAAAUAGCUGAUUUUCGCAAGGGAAUUGUAUCUGUCUGCCGCAGUUUUAGGGCCUGCUAGGCGAGAGGAAAACUACUCUGUUUCCUAUUUCUUUUUGUGAGUCUCACUCACCGUUUGCACUUACUGUAGCCGCUUGGGUGUACACAGCCUCAAGAUAUGUGAACACAAGCCUGGGUUGAUAUCGUUGUAUUUUGUUUUUUACGGGGCUGUUUACAUUCAAAGGCAUGUAUUCUUCAUUCUUCUAGUCAAAUCAGUUGUCCAACCAUUUUUCAGGGUUAACCUGCGGUCAACUGGCAUCACAUCACUAUUACUAAUAUGUAGAACAACACGGUGACAGAGGUGACUGAACCUUUUUCCUUUUAAGGGACUGAAUCUGAGAGACUGUAAUGCAAUUUUUUUUCCAUCAGGUGAGCUUUACUUUCUUUCGACAAGCCGUCCUAGCAGCACAAAUAGGGAAGGCAAAGUUUAUCGUAUAGUUGAUCCCGGAAGGUAGGUCUUAAAGCAGGUCACAGUGUUACAAAGCAUUGUGCCAUGUCAUUUUUUGUUCUUUUGACGUUAAAUUUAUUUUUCACAACUUUUUUGUUUUGAUGUUUCAAUCUGCUGUUUCAUAAUUGAUGCAUCUUCGCGUUUUCUUCCACCUCGUUAGCAUACGCGUAAACGACGAUAGCAAGGAAGGAGCCGCGUGUUUUCAUUCAUGCACACCUUUGCAACUUAAGCGUACUCAGCUGUUUUUAAGCAAGUUUUCUUGUAAAAAGAGUAUGAAAAAUCGAACGGAACAAUUCUGACGGCUGUACGUUACUCGUAGCGUUGUUAGUACAAGCAAGUCGCAAAGGCGCAUAUGUUCCUUAAUUUUAAGUAUCUCAGCGGGCCGAAUGUGAUUGGAUAAUUAAGUGCUCGUAACUGGUCCAGCUUAGUGCACAACGGACCGCGGUCCGGAUCGCGCCCAAAAAAAAAAAAGAAAAGCGAACCAGUAAACAAAAAAUAUAUAUAUCUACCGGUUUACAUCGGUCCGUAUAGGAAAAAAACUGCGCCCUUAGUCGUGAUUACACCCUCGGGCUGUACCCAAGACCUAGGGCAUAUUUUUUUUCCCAUACGGACCUCCUGCCCGGUAAAUAACAUAUGUCUACAUUGUAGGAGAGGUGAUCCUGCAGAGUGCUCCAACAGUCGUCCCUCCACAUCCAGCUGUAAGGAUCAUCGUCGCAGCAAGUAUUUCUGUGAAUAUUACAAAUCUCGUAACAAGUGUAAUAUAUACAAACCAUACUUCAAGAAAAAGUGCAAGAAAACUUGCAGUUUUUGCUAACAUCGUAUGCAGAUAUUUUUAAAGCGCCUACCCGCACUCCUCCAUCUGUUUAAAAUAUUCAAAUGAAGGAUUUAUCCUUGACAAGAGGUUAGAUGGUGGUUUUAAAAGUUCUUCAAAUAAUAAGCGAUAAGUUGUUAAUCGCAGGUUGAUUGCAAUAAAAUUCAAAUUUGCU